CUUCCUAAGGAGCGGUGCUGGCUCCGUGCAGAGCCGGGCCCGGAGCUUGGGUCUUAGUGCCCGUGCUCGGUGCCCUCCACGUCCUGGUGUCCCCGACAGGGUCCCGAGCGCCGCAAAGAGGAACUUUCUCCCGCCGCUCCCACCGCCGAGGUUCUUGACUGGUCGGGGAAAAGCGCCAGGAUGGGCCUGUGUUACUGUGCAGAAUCCAGGGAGUCCGCCCUCAGAGGCAGCUGGGCUCGGGGUGAGGCGCAGUGCGAACCCGGCUGGAGAUUGGAAUUGUGAAUCGGGCACAGGAGCAGGGCUCUGUUUCCAGAUCUUACCUUCUGGAGACCACAACCAUCCAGGGCGAAGAGCCCAGAAAGAGGACAUGGCUAAUAAGCGGAAGGAAGCAAGGGCUCAGGUGGCAGUGACCUUCGAAGACGUAGCUGUGCUCUUUACUCGGGAGGAGUGGAGGAAGCUGGAUGCUCUGCAGAGAAACUUGUACCGGGACGUGAUGCUAGAGAAUUACAGGAACCUGGCUUCCCUGGGAUUCCCCUUUACCAAACCGAGGGUGAUCUCCCUGUUGCAGCAAGGAGAGGAUCCCUGGAAGGCUGAGAAAGAAAACCCUGGAGGCCCCUCUCUCGGAUGUAAAAGCCAUCUUCAAACCAUAAAGUCAACUCAAACUAAAGAUUCAUCACUUCAGGAACUAAUGAGGAAGAGACUAAAAAAAGAUGAACUCUGGGACUUCAUAACAGAAAGACCCUGCAUUUCUGAGGACAGAUUUAAAAAAAAGUGGGACAAAAAUGAAAGUUUGCAAAUAAUUUCAAUAACCCAUAUGAAGAUUCUUACUUUAAGUGAAUGCCAUAACAGUUUUGAAUUUGGCCAAAACAUCAGCCUGAAAUCAGUCAUUGUUAAGACACAAAGGAUUGCUAGAGAAAAAAUACCCUUAAAACAUGAAGUACAAAGAAACAGCUUCAAGCAGAAUUCAAAUUCAUUUAACCGAUCAAAAAUCAAGACAGCAGAGAAACGCUACAAAUGUAAUACAUGUGAAAAAGCUUUCAUUCACAAUUCUUCCCUUCGUAAACAUGAGAAAAACCAUACUGGAGAAAAAUUAUUUAAGUGUAGAGAAUGUUCAAAAGCCUUUAGCCAAAGUUCAGCACUUAUUCAACAUCAAAGAACUCACACGGGAGAGAAGCCCUACAUAUGUAAAGAAUGUGGGAAAGCCUUUAGUCAUAGUGCAUCCCUCUGUAAGCACCUUAGAACUCACACUGUGGAGAAAUCCUAUAGAUGUAAAGAAUGUGGUAAAUCCUUUGGUAGAAGAUCUGGCCUUUUUAUACAUCAAAAAACCCAUGCUCGAGAAAAUCCUCAUAAAUAUAAUCCAGGUAGGAAGCCAUCCAUUUGUACUACUUCUCUUCCGGGAGGUCAGAGACUUCAUCUCAGAAAGAAGUCCUACUUAUGUAAUGAGUGUGGUAACACCUUUAAGUCCAGCUCAUCCCUUCGUUAUCAUCAGAGAAUUCACACUGGAGAGAAGCCUUUCAAAUGUAGUGAAUGUGGGAGAGCCUUCAGUCAGAGUGCAUCACUCAUUCAACAUGAACGAAUUCACACUGGAGAAAAGCCCUACAGGUGUAAUCAAUGUGGAAAAGGCUUCACUUCCAUCUCACGACUCAAUAGACAUCGAAUAAUUCAUACUGGUGAAAAAUUGUAUAAUUGUAACGAAUGUGGCAAAGCCUUAAGUUCCCAUUCCAUAGCCUUCAGACAAAGUUCAGCUCUCAUUCAACAUCAAAGAAUGCAUACUGGCGAAAGACCCUAUAAAUGUAGUGAGUGUGGGAAAACAUUCAGGUGUAACUCAUCCCUUAGUAAUCAUCAAAGAAUUCAUACUGGAGAGAAACCUUAUCGAUGUCUAGAAUGUGGGAUGUCAUUUGGCCAAAGUGCUGCUCUUACUCAGCAUCAGAGGAUUCAUACAGGAGAGAAACCCUUCAAAUGUAAUACAUGUGGGAAAACUUUUAGACAAAGCUCCUCACUUAUUGCACAUCAAAGAAUUCAUACUGGAGAGAAGCCCUAUGAAUGUAAUGCAUGUGGGAAACUGUUCAGCCAGAGGUCCUCCCUUACUAACCAUUAUAAAAUUCAUAUUGAAGAGGACUCCCUAAAAGCAGAUUUGCAUCUGUAAAAGCCUUAAACCAAAGCUUAUCAGAGAAUAGAUACUUAAGAUUGAUUUAAAGUAAUGAAUAUGAGGAAACUUUUUAAUUUAGUUCUCAUCAGAUAGUAAUUUCCAAGUCUGUGUAAUGAUUAUGAUGAAAAAUUUUAUACCUUUUAGUCACUUUUUAAAACAUCCUAAGACACCUCGUAGUUGCAGAUUUUGGCAUGGGCCAUUUGUAGUAUGAAAAUGGUUUUUUUCUGUAUCAGCAUUAUGUAAUGUCUGCAUUAUGUAAAUACAAAAAUUGGGGUUCAGGGUUGCUAAAUUUUUCAGAAAACUGAGCUGUUAGCAUAUUUAUUAGAGCUAAUGUAAUAAAAUAAUUGAUCUUAAAAGUAAAUGCAUUUUUAGAGGAUAGGACCAAAUAAAAGGAAAACAAACUGCAAACUACCUCAGUGUCCAGAAUAUGUUUUUUAACUUAUUCUCAAACUUUUUACAUGGUUUUCAUUUAAAAAAAGAAAAAUCUGUUGCCUUUUCUAUCAAAUGAUA